AAUGUGCACGAGGUAGAAUUUCUCCCCCUAAGAAUGUGCACAUGAGUCAUAUAGAAAUGAUGAUACACUUUGGCAUAUUCUCUAUUAUACUAUCUUUCUAAUUGUUACCCUUUGAACAACAUAAAUUCUCAUUUUCUAAAAAGAUAGUACUCCAUAAUAAGUUCACUAGAGUAACUUUUACUUCUCUUUCUCAAAAAGGAUUCAUUUUAUUUGGAAUAGCAUUAAUUACUAUGGAGAUUUCAUUAGUAUUGCAUGCUUUCUUUGUAUUUCAUAUGUGCUUUCCAAUUCUAGUGGCAACAUGUGAUACCAUAUCUCUAAAAGGAAGUAUUGAAUCAUCUCAAUUCCCAAGCAACUUCCUCUUUGGAACAGCUUCUUCUUCUUAUCAGUUUGAAGGAGCUUUCUUGAGCUAUGGUAAAGGACUUAAUAACUGGGAUGUUUUCACUCAUAUGCCUGGUAAAAUCAUGGAUGGGAGUAAUGGAGAUAUUGCUGUUGACCAGUACCAUCGAUAUCCAGAGGAUCUAUAUCUCAUGGAUCUAAUGGGAGUCAGCAGCUAUCGUUUCUCCAUAUCAUGGGCAAGAAUUCUACCCAAGGGAAGAUUUGGAAAAGUGAAUAGAGCUGGCAUUGAUCAUUAUAACAACUUCAUAAACGCUCUUCUGCAUAAAGGGAUCCAACCCUUCGUGACAUUGACUCAUUAUGACAUUCCUCAGGAGCUUGAAGGCAAAUAUGGAGCUUGGCUGAGUUCCAAAGCGCAGGAGGAUUUCAAAUAUUAUGCAGAUGUAUGUUUUAGAUUCUUUGGGGACCGGGUCAAGUACUGGUCCACUUUAAAUGAGCCCAAUGUAGUAGCGAUUCGCGGUUACAGGACAGGCGAUUACCCACCAUGUCACUGCUCCUGGCCAUUUGGGAAUUGUAGCAGUGGGGAUUCAGAGAAAGAGCCUUUUGUUGUGGCUCAUAACAUGAUCCUAUCCCACGCUGCUGCUGUCGGUAUUUAUAGAACCAAAUACCAGAAAAAACAAGGAGGUAGCAUUGGAAUUGUUAUGGAUGCUGUGUGGUAUGAACCUAUUAGUGAUUCCUGGGAAGAUAAGUUAGCAGCUGAGAGGGCUCAAUCUUUCUACAUGAACUGGUUCUUAGACCCAAUUAUACGUGGGAAAUAUCCAAUAGAGAUGCAAGAAAUUCUUCAAUCUGACUUGCCUAUGUUUUCAAAACAUGAUUUGGAGAUGCUGAAGAAUAAAUUAGACUUCAUUGGCAUCAAUCACUACACCAGCUACUAUAUAAAAGACUGUAUAUUUUCUCCGUGUGAACCAGGACCAGGAGCUUCGAGAACAGAAGGUUUUGCUUUACAAACAGUUAAAAAGAACAAUAUCUUCAUUGGAGAGCCGACGGCAUGUGGCUGGAUAUUUGUCUAUCCUCAAGGAAUGGAGAAGAUGGUGACAUAUAUAAAAGAGAGAUAUAACGACAUUCCAUUGUUUAUAACAGAAAAUGGGUUUUGUGAUAAGGAGAAUCCCCAUUCCACCAUGGAAAAUUCAAUUCAUGAUGUCAAGAGAGUGGAGUACAUGAACAGCUACUUAGAUGCUCUAGCAACAGCAAUGAGGAAAGGAGCAGAUGUGAGAGGGUAUUUUGCAUGGUCCUUGCUUGACAACUUUGAGUGGCUAUAUGGAUAUACCAUUAGGUUUGGGCUUCAUUAUGUUGAUUAUGCCACUCUCAAGAGAACUAGAAAACUAUCAGCGACUUGGUACAAAGAUUUCAUUGCUAACCACAAGGCACACAAAUUUAGUGCUGAUGGGGCACCUCAAGAGCAGCAGCUUACAAGAAAUUCAUUAAAGCUGAACGCCACCUCAAACAAGCUGUGUCAGAAUUUUGUUUCUCUAGCACAAUAGUCUUUCUGUAUUGCUUGCCUAUUCCUUUCUGGUGCAAUUGCUAUAACUUCGGUGCUUGCUAGUUUGUAAAUUUUCGGCUUUAAGUGAGCCUUGCAUG